CUCACACAGCAUUCCUCUCACACCAAGAUCUUCAACCCUUCUACGCCAGACCACGCCACUGUCGUCUCGCAGCAGCCGCAGCUUUCGCGGAGAGAAAAAUAUGGUGCUGAGAGCAGUGUGCAGAAGGCGAGCUCGUGAUUGAACUGCAUUCUCGGCAGGAAUCAGUCGACGGUCGGCAGCACAGGAGUGAGUGCGAGUGUCGGCUCUGAUUUCUGGCGCGGCUGGGACACUUCUGCAACCCGAUCACCCGUCGACACGCCACCACGCAUCGCUUAAUUGAUGGACGAGUGAUUUUUUGCAAUUACCCGUAGCUGCCAUACGUACAUGUAUUACGUACGUGCAUGUGGAGGUAAUGAAAGGCAGCAGCGGCCGCGGCGCAUACCUUUGAGGCGGUCGACACCGUGACGCACCUGCACCCAAAUCGCGCUUUUAAUUCAUGUUGCACCGGCCGAUCGUCGACGCCGAUUUCAUUCAAGAAAUCACGCGGCUUUUAAUGUGAUAUCGGACCACUUGCCGAGUGCGAUUGAAUUGAUUUUGAUUGAUUGAUUCGUCGAUCCCAUCCAGUUCCGCGAUUCGUCAUGAAGAACCAACUGUCGGUUUUGUUCUUCGUCGGCCUGCUGGCCGUUUUCUCACCUGUCCGGACGCACGCGUCCGACGCCAAGAGGGUGCACAAGAUGAGGUUCAAGGCCUCCUCUUGUUCGGCUGUGAAACCUCUUUUCGUCGCAAAGAACAUCUCCGACCCACCCGAUCACUCCAUCGAAGGGCCACUCUUUUCUCGACUGUGUCCUGUGGUGAACGGCACCAGCAACUGCUGCACUUCGCGGAUGGAGAACCAGCUGAAGUCGCUGGCGAGGAAAGAACUGCAAGAAGUGUUGAGGCAAAACUCGCACUCGAUCCAAGAGGUCCUCCACUCCAACAGUCGCGAUUACUUGGAGAAAAUUAUCGAGCUGAGCCGACGGUCGGAGAACCGAACUCUGGAGACGUUUGCCCAGGUGUUCCAGCGCCUGGCGCCCGAAGCGCGUGUGCCCAUUCAGCAGCUGUUCUCCAAACUGCGCCAAGUCCUUGCUGAUCCCGGGCCGGCCUCUUUCUUGAACGACUCCUCCGCUGACCUGGAAGAGGUGUCUUUGCACGACACCAUCACAAACUUCUUCCACCAGCUCUUUCCCCUUGUGUACCGGCACUCCAUCAUCCACACAAAUGCCGAAAUCACUUCUGAGUACUCGCUUUGCCUUCAGCACUCGAUCCACAAAUUGCGUCCCUUUGGCGACAUCCCCAAGUCGGUGGGUUUUGCUAUCGGCAAGGCGGUGCGCGCCAUCCAUGACUUCCUGCGCUCACUCAGCCUGGGCUUGGACGCCCUGGUGCUGGCCGAGCACGCCUGGGACAAAUCAGACGAGUGCUCGAGCGCCCUGCUGAGGAUGAGUUACUGCUCGCGCUGCUCGGGAUAUGCUGAGGUUAAGCCCUGCGCCGGCUACUGCCAGAAUGUGAUGCGAGGCUGCCUGGCGCACUUGACCGAGCUGGACGCCUCUUGGAACGGCUACGUGGACAGCCUGGAGGAGCACGUCGCCUCCGCGUACGCGCUCAACGGCCUCGUCAAGGCGGAAAAGGCCGUCGGCGCGCUCGAGACGCAGAUUUCCGACGCCAUCAUGCAGGCCAUGGUUGACGGACCCUCCCUUGAAAAGAGGGUGAAAUCUGCGUGCGGGCCGGUGCAGUUGCAGGACACCCCGAAACACCAAAAGUCGCCCAAAACGGCUCCGUCCAAGGCGUCAAAACUGUCCUUGAAGAAGGACAACAAGUACGAGCUGGAGACGCAGCUGUCCAACCUGGCGAGACAGGUGCUGGUCAGCCUGAUCAGGUCUAAGGGCUUCUUCUCCAGCCUGUCCGACUCCAUCUGCGCGGACGACAGCUUUGCCGAGACAGACACGCACGCCGAGUGCUGGAACGGGCAGAGGAUUUCGCAGUACACCAAGACCGUGGUGAGCGCCGGUCUUGGAGCGCAGAAGUACAACCCCGAGCUGCCUUGGAACGGCAAGCCGACCGACUUGAGAAUAAUUCAGAUGAGCGACCGCCUGCGGCAAGUGCGACGUGCCCUGCUCGGCCAGUCAAGUGCGCUGCCAGACGCGGACAAUCAAGUACUCGAGGACGGUUCUGGUUCCGGUGGCAUUGAGCCGAACCCCGGCGGAGGUCCUGACGACGAGGACAACUGGGACGGCUCGGGCUCUGGAGGCGGUGGAGUCAGAGGCACUGGCGGUGGAGAUGGACCCAUUCGACGCAAGCCUGGAACUGUAUCGCACUCCCCAACAGGCGGUCGAGACGCCGGUAGCAAGGAAACAAGCAGUUCGACCCAACAUCGUAUCAGCACUGCGUUAUGGGCAAUUAGCUUAUCGGUGGCUCUGCUCUUCAAGUUGGCCCCCCAUCUAGCAUGAAGGGCCACUUGAUCCAGAGAGAAAGAGAAAUAAAUCACAAAUUAGCACAUACAUACACAAAAACCAACACAGACACACACUUGCAAAAAUCAACGGUUGAAAUAUAAAACACUAAAAAAUGUAUAACACAAUAUAUACAAGAUGAAAAGAUUGAUUGACGAUCCGUCUCAUAUAUGUUGUUGUAAGAGAAAAAAUCUUUUGACUAAAAAAUCCUAUCCCUCCAGCAUAGCUCUUUAGAGAUUGACGAGAGAGACACACAAACACUUGCUAUUAAAUCAUGUAAUAUAAUAUGUUGAUUUCGGAGUUCAAAACUUUUAUUGUUCUAAAGUUAUUUUUUAAUUGAUGUGUAACAAAUGUGUAUUGAUUUAUAUUGUGACUGCUCCAUCUAAGUCAUCUGUGACUCCUUUUUUGAUUUAAUUAAUUAGACUCUAAAUUAAUGUGGGAGUGGGAAAGGGCACCGAGUUCGAAGUGAUUUGUUGCAGAAUCGUUCGUUAUUUUUGCGUUCAGUGAAUUUUGUGCUUUUUAUACCGGAGCUGUUGAUUAGGCUUAUAUAUAGAGACCCAUGUCGCAAAAAUAACACUUUGCUUUUGUAGAGUUCUUUGGUCACAUGUAAAACUAGCACAAAAGUGUGACUUGGGCAGUAUUUGGCUAAAAUUUAAUUUGAUGAAUUUGCAUUUGGCUGUGUGGAUCAGUAUUUCACUUAUAUUUUUGAAAGAAAAAAAUAACCCUCUAUUCCUAUUUAAAAUUUGCUUUAGUCCUUGGAAAUUAGUGAUCAUUAAAGUGGUUUGUGAUUUUAUUUUCCUAGUUUUAAACUAAAUUGGAAAAAGUGCGUUUCAAUAUGUUAUAUUGCCAAAUUGUCUUUACUAGAGUGUUCCAAAAAUGACAUGGGUCACCAGAAAUUUUAGCUCUGAAUUUUAGUGAAACAUGCAGCUCCACUGGUAGGGAAAUGCUUAAAAUUUAUUUUUGCAUUUGACUUCUGUAGGAGAAGAUGAUGAUAUUUUGUUAAACGGUUUGAUCAUUUAGUUUUUUAAGUUAGUGAUGGUGAAAAAUCGCUGUUUCAUACACGAAAAUCUGUGAUAAAGUUAGUGAAUGUGGGAAAAUGCUGUUAAUUAUUGGUCAAAAGAGG